GGUCCCCGCGGGGCGAUGGGGUGAUGGGCUUGCGGGGUCGCAGGAUGCGGGGGGCGUCCGCGCGCCUGCCGCUGCCGCCGCUGCUCUGGCUGCCCUGGCUGCUGCUCCUGGCGCCCGGGGUCGGGGGUGCUCCGGGCUGCCCGGUCCCCAUCCGCAGCUGCAAGUGCUCGGGGGAGCGGCCCAAGGGACUGGGCAGCGGCGCCCCCAACCCGGCGCGCAGGAGGGUGGUGUGCGGCGGCGGAGACCUCCCGGAGCCCCCCGAGCCCGGCCUGCUGCCCAACGGCACCGUUACCCUGCUCUUGAGCAACAACAAGAUCACCUUGCUCCGCAAUGGCUCCUUCCUGGGACUGUCUCUGCUGGAAAAGCUGGACCUGAGGAACAACGUCAUCAGCACCGUGCAGCCUGGAGCCUUCUUGGGCCUGGGGGAACUGAGGCGCUUAGAUCUCUCCAACAAUCGGAUUGGCUGUCUGGCCUCUGAGACCUUCCAAGGCCUGCCCAGGCUUCUGAGACUAAAUAUAUCUGGAAACAUCUUCUCCAGCCUGCAGCCUGGAGUCUUUGAUGAGCUGCCAGCCCUUAAAGUGGUGGACUUUGGCACUGAGUUCCUGACCUGUGACUGUCACCUGCGCUGGCUGCUCCCCUGGGCCCGGAACCACUCCUUGCAGCUGUCAGAGCGCACGCUCUGUGCCUACCCCAGCGCCCUGCAUGCCCAGGCCCUGGGGGGCCUUCAGGACUCCCAGCUGUGCUGUGAGGGGGCCCUGGAGCUGCACACGCACCAUCUCAUUCCAUCGCUGCGGCAAGUGGUGUUCCAAGGUGACCGGCUGCCCUUCCAGUGCUCUGCCAGCUACCUGGGCAAUGACACGCGCAUCCGCUGGUACCACAACCGGGCCCCGGUGGAGGGGGAUGAGCAGGCGGGCAUCGUUCUGGCCCAGAGCCUGAUCCAUGACUGCACCUUCAUCACCAGCGAGCUGACCCUGUCUCACAUCGGCGUCUGGGCCUCAGGAGAAUGGGAGUGCUUGGUGUCCACUGUCCAGGGCAACACCAGCAAGAAGGUGGAGAUUGUGGUGCUGGAGACCUCCGCCUCCUACUGCCCAGCUGAGCGCGUGGCCAACAACCGUGGGGACUUCAGGUGGCCUCGGACACUCGCUGGAAUUACAGCCUACCAGUCCUGCCUCCAGUACCCCUUCACCUCGGUGCCCCUGAGUGGGGGUGCCCCAGGUACCCGAGCCUCUCGCCGGUGUGACCGAGCUGGCCGCUGGGAGCCAGGGGACUACUCCCAUUGUCUGUACACCAAUGACAUCACGCGGGUGCUCUACACCUUUGUGCUGAUGCCCAUCAAUGCCUCCAAUGCGCUAACGCUGGCCCACCAACUGAGAGUAUACACAGCUGAGGCCGCCAGCUUUUCAGACAUGAUGGAUGUGGUCUAUGUGGCUCAGAUGAUUCAGAAAUUUUUGGGUUAUGUGGAUCAGAUCAAAGAGCUGGUGGAGGUGAUGGUGGACAUGGCCAGCAACCUGAUGCUGGUGGACGAACACCUGCUGUGGCUGGCCCAGCGCGAGGACAAGGCCUGCAGCGGCAUCGUGGGCGCCCUGGAGCGCGUUGGGAGUGCUGCUCUCAGCCCCCACGCUCAGCACAUCUCCGUGAACUCAAGAAACGUGGCCCUGGAGGCCUACCUCAUCAAGCCCCACAGCUACGUGGGCCUGACCUGCACGGCCUUCCAGAGGAAGGAGGCGGGUGUGGUGGGCGCGCGGCUGGGGGGCCCUGGCCAGGACGCCCCGCCCGAGCCCGAGCCCCCCGCCGACCAGCAGCUGCGCUUCCGCUGCACCACGGGGAGACCCAACAUCUCUCUGUCAUCCUUCCACAUCAAGAACAGCGUGGCCCUGGCUUCCAUUCAGCUGCCCCCCAGCCUAUUCGCGUCGCUUCCGGCUGCCCUGGCUCCCCCAGUCCCCCCAGACUGCACCCUGCAACUGCUUGUCUUCCGGAAUGGCCGCCUGUUCCGAAGCCAUGGCAACGCCUCUCGUCCUGGAGCCGCUGGGCCUGGCCGGAGGCGCGGUGUGGCCACGCCCGUGAUCUUUGCAGGAACCAGUGGCUGUGGCGUGGGAAACCUGACAGAGCCCGUGGCUGUUGCACUGCGGCACUGGGCUGAGGGGGCCGAGCCCAUGGCGGCGCGCUGGAGCCAGGAGGGGGCUGGGGGCUGGAACUCGGAAGGCUGCCAGCUCCGCUCCAGCCAGCCCAACGUCAGCUCCCUGCACUGCCAGCACCUGGGCAACGUGGCCGUGCUCAUGGAGCUGAGUGCGUUCCCCAGGGAAGCAGGGGGCUCUGGGGCCGGCUUGCAUCCGGUUGUGUACCCCUGCACUGCCCUGCUGCUGCUCUGCCUCUUCUCCACGAUCAUCACCUACAUCCUCAACCACAGCUCCAUCCGUGUGUCCCGGAAGGGCUGGCACAUGCUGCUGAACCUGUGCUUCCACGUGGCCAUGACCUCUGCUGUCUUCGCAGGGGGCAUCACACUCACUAACUACCCGAUGGUCUGCCAGGCGGUGGGCGUUACCCUGCACUACUCCUCCUUGUCCACGCUGCUGUGGAUGGGGGUGAAGGCCCGAGUCCUGCACAAGGAGCUGACCUGGAGGGCGCCUCCUCCUCCGGAAGGGGACUCCCCGCCUGCGCCCCGCCCCAUGCUCCGGUUUUAUUUGAUCGCUGGAGGGAUCCCACUCAUCAUCUGUGGCAUCACAGCCGCCGUCAACAUCCACAACUACCGCGACCACAGUCCCUACUGCUGGCUGGUGUGGCGGCCGAGCCUGGGUGCCUUCUACAUCCCGGUGGCUUUGAUUCUGCUGAUCACCUGGAUCUACUUUCUGUGCGCGGGGCUGCACCUGCGGGGUCCCCUGGCGCGGAGCCCGAAGGGGGGCAGCAGCCGGCUGUCCCCCGAGCCGGGCGAGGAGCUGAGAGGUCCCCCCAGGCUCAGGGGCAGUGGCGCCCUCCUGAGUGACUCGGGUUCCCUCCUGGCGGCGGGGAGCGCCGGGGUGGGGCCCCCCGGGCCCCCGGAGGAGGAGGGGGACGGCCUCUACUCCCCCGGGGUGCAGCUGGGGGCGCUGAUGACCACGCACUUCCUGUACCUGGCCCUGUGGGCGUGCGGGGCGCUGGCCGUGUCCCAGCGCUGGCUGCCGCGCGCGGUGUGCAGCUGUCUGUACGGGGCGGCGGCCUCGGCGCUGGGCCUCUUCGUCUUCACGCAUCACUGCGCCCGGCGCCGGGACGUGCGGGCCUCGUGGCGCGCCUGCUGCGCCCUGGCCGCCCCCCCGGGCUCCCGCGGCCCGGGCCGGGCCCUGCCCGCCGCCCCCGAGGACGGCUCCCCGGUGCUGGCGGACGGGCCGGCCUCCCUCAAGUCCUCCCCGAGCGGCGGCUCCGCGCCGGCCCCGGGGCCCUGCAAGCUCACCAACCUGCAGCUGGCCCAGAGCCAGGGCUGCGACGCGGGGCCGGAGCCCCCGGGCCCCCGGGGCGGCCCGGCUCCCCGACACCCCAACAACGUGCACCACCACGGACGCCGCGCGCACAAGAGCCGCGCCAAGGCGCACCGCGCGGGCGAGGCCGGCGGCCGGAGCCGGCUGAAGGCCCUGCGCGCGGGCGCGGCGCCCGGGGCGCCCGAGCCGCCGUCCAGCGAGAGCGGCAGCCUGCGCCACAGCCCCUCCGACAGCGGCCCGGGCGGCAGCCUCCCGGCCGAGGCCGAGCCCAUGCUCACGCCGUCCGAGGGCAGCGACACGAGCGCGCCGCCGCCCGAGCCCGCGCGGCCCGGCCAGCGCCGCUGCGCCAGCCGCGACAACCUCCGGGGCGGCGCGCCCGACAGGGACGGCAAGCGCCGCUCGUACCCGCUGCACGCCGCCGGCCUCAACGGCGCCCCGAGGGGCGGCCAGUACGACGACGCGGGCGCCGCCGAGCCGGCCGGGGGCGGCUGCAUGAAGACCGGCCUCUGGAAGAGCGAGACCACCGUCUAAGGGCAGGGCGGGCCGGCCGCCCGACCGCCCUCCGCGCCCCCCGCGCCCCGGAGCGGCGCCCCGCACCGGCCGGCACCCCCGGCGGCUGCCACCUGCCACGCGGGCCGACCCCGAGCGAGCGACAGGCAAUCCAGAAACGUGCGCGACUCAGACCCCCGGCCAGCUCCCCGGUGUCCGCCAAGGAGAGGAGAGUCCUGGGCGUGGACUCCGGUCCACGCUGCCUUCGGGGGAAGCACGGCGGGCCGGAGCCUCGGCCGAUCCCGGGCAGCUCCCCACGCUCGGCCCCGGGAGCCAGGGGAGCGCCGGGCCGGGGAGGCACGGCGAGGGCGGCCUGGAAGGCAGCUCGGAGACGACGGGUCCUGUGGGAGGGGGCCGGCCGGAAGGAAGAGCUAGGGGCAGCCUUCGCGUGGAGUGGGCCAGAAGUCUUCCCCACAAUGCCCACAGCCACACCCGAGAAGCCGCCCGGCCAGGUGCCGACAGCCCGGGCAGCGUGGUGAAGAGCGGCUCCGCCCUGGCGGGCAGGCGGCCUUUGGAAAGGCACUUGCACGCUCAAUUCCAAGAGCCACGGCCUCAGCCGCCCGAGGGACCAAGGAAGAGCUCCUCCAGGCCUCCAUGAGGCCUAUAGAAGCAGCCCUAUCAUCCGACCUAACUUCAAAAUAGCAAACCAGACUCCCAGCUCACAGAGCCCAAGCCACGCCCUAGGCCAACAACUAGGGUUCCUGCUGCUCUUCAAGAGGCCUCUGUCUCUACUACUCUAAAACCCCAGCACCGGUAUUUUUCCCCAUCUAAAAGCUAUCACCAGCCUUUCACUAUAGGGGCCUUCCACUUGGGCCUUGUGAAGAGCAACAGGCAAACCAGGUCUGGCCCAGGUCCCUCUCCCAAUCUUCAUGUCACCCUCACCUGCUCAGGUGAGAGGACAGAGGGGAGAAACCAUGUUCUUCAAGACCAGCCCUGUUAUUUAUGCUUGCUGCACAGACAAUAUUAGAAGGAAAAAAAAAAAGCUUUGCAUUAUUCUUCCACAUAUGCUGGCUGCUGUUUACAUACCCUGCCAAUGCCUUAGCACUGGAGCUUUUUGCAAUACGCUGGGGAAAGGGGAGGGAGGGAAUGAAAAGUGCCAAAGAAAACAUGUUUUUAAAAGCUUGGGUUUUAUACAAUAGAAUGUUUUCUAGCAGAUGCCUCUUGUUUUAAUAUAUUAAAGUUUUGCAAAGCCCUUUGAAUUAUAGCUGUAAUCCACCACAGUCAUUCCUUUUUUUUUUUUUU